AUGACGCUGGAAACAGCAGCCAGGCUGGGCACGCGGCUGACCACGCAGGAGUACCGCCAUACGGCAGUGGGCAUCGGCCGCGAGGUGGUGGGGGAACGCUUUGCCGCUGGGUACAAUAAGCAGCUGGGCAGCAGCAGCGGGGGCGGUGCGUACGACAACCCGGACAUGAUGGACCACAGCAGAGAUGAGGAUGGAGAGGAUCCGCUGGAGCUGCAGAAUGGCCGCUCUACUGCUGUUGGCAACGUGGCGUACGCCGUGCAGGCAGACCUGGUGCCAGGGCUGAGCAUUCGCUCUACCGACGUUUUCCGUACGCUGAGCCACGCAUGGCACGCCUUCCUCAGCUUCCCCCCACACAAGGGUAGGGAGACCGUCCACCAGCCCGGCAACGACAGCCCAGAGGCGGUGCCCAUUGACGGCGACGCAGCGUGGGCGCAGGUGGGCGAGCAGAUGGCCAAGGCGUGGGCCAACGUCGAGACGCGGACGCAAAACACCAUCCAGGAGGGUGAGAGAGACGAGGUGAACCUGUGGUUGGAGCGGACGCAGUGGUUGCCGUAUUUGGUGGGCAUGGAGCGACCCGAGCUGAUGGCGUGCAUCGCGGAACCCAUGGCAGAGCCCGACCCCAGGCAGGAGCAGCAGGCCGAGCCCGUGGAGGCGGCGAUGUGGGCGGCGAUGGAGGAAUUGGCGCGGUUCAGUCAAGCGUCCGUCAUCCACCAGAUUAGUGUGUUUCUGUUGCAGCUGUACAUAGACGAGAAGUUGAUUAGCGACCACAUGCGGCUGUGGCAGCAGAUAUUGAUAUUUUUUACACAAACGCAACAAGAGCACGUGUGGAAGAGUCCAGCGUAUCGUUUCACCAGCCAGCAGCAAGAGGCAUGGGAGGCGUUGGUCAAGGCGGCGGAGAGAAGCGUUGAAGGAGAAGAAGAAGAAGAAGAAGAAGAGGAAGAGGUAGAAGACCAAGAUAACAAAGACGAGACUAUAGCAGACGUUAACAAAGCUAUUAACAAGAUAGAGACAGACAAAGCCAAGCCCACCACUAACGCCAUCAGCAAGCCAGAGAGGUUGUCGCGCAUCUAG